CUGCGAGUGGGUAUAUGGUGGAUUUGGUUAUAUGGGUCCUUGCUUAUUGUUCUCUCCAUAUAUGCCACCCGCAAGCUACCUUCACUUCAGGAUGCGAUCACUAAGACCCGGUUUUAAUUCGGAUAGGACUCAAUGGAUUUACACAAUCCAAAGAUCACUGUAUUCUCUGCUACUACCUCCAUUGGUCCAAAACAAAGCCUUGCUGUUCGUUCAUGGCUUGGGUUGUCUCCUCAAAUUACAGUUGUUCUGUUUAGCCAACACCCUUCUAUUCGUUCUUUCGCCUCGGGGUUUGGCCCACGAGUUUUGGUUGAUUCCGCCAUUGAUUUCACGUUCCUUGGGACGCCAUUCUUUCAUUCCAUGGUGGAAAGAUCACACGCAUUCGAUACAGAUAUUAUUGUCUUUGUAGAUUCACAAACCGUUCUUCUGCCUGAUCUUGUUCCCACGUUGAGUUUUGCUCACAAGCUCGACCGUAACUGGCUUCUUGCGGCUUCAUUACAAGACACUUCAUUCUUCCCAUUCAAACUGGGUGUUGACGGCCAACAUUGGCUUAUAGAAAAUGGCAGAAGUUGCAGGAGUUGCUUGGCCAGAAUCGGCAUUGUGAAGAUAGGAGUAUGCUUAUGGCUUGGAACUCAGGAAAUGUGCCUUUACACAAUGGAGUCCUUCCCCCUUCUUGUUUGCUCGGUCAUCUCAGGCGCCUUCCUUAACAAGCCUGAUCGAAUGCAGAGGCCCGGUAGUAGCUUAGCUAUGGAGAAUAGAAGCUGGGAGGCAGUUGCCAACUUACACCUUGGGGCACUAUAUGGGUCAUUGCUCUUCCAUGAAAUUAAUUAUUCCACCUUGGCAAAGCUUAUGAAAUGUGAUGACCAAUAUCUUUUCAUUAAUGGCACUGACCAUAUAGCGAGGAAUAGAAGGGUUUUGGCUGCACAGGAAAGGAAGAGAGUGAUGGGUUGUGUUGAACAAAUCAAAUUGAGCAAGUCAAUGUUGAAUUGCUCGGUAGGAGAUGAGUUGAGGAAUUUGCAGCCAUUGGAAUACCAGGCCUCAUUGGAAUCGCUGCUUGCAAUAGCUGCUGAUGAGACACAAACAGUUGUGCUUGCUAUUGCUGGGUACAGUUACAAGGACAUGCUGAUGAGUUGGGUUUGCAGACUACGCCGCCUGAGGAUCACCAACUUCAUCAUUUGUGCUUUGGACCAAGAAACCUAUGAGUUUUCUGUUUUACAGGGUUUGCCUGUUUUCCAUGAUCUAUCAGCACCAAGUAACAUCAGCUUCAAUGAUUGCCACUUCGGAACAAAAUGCUUCCAGAAGGUCACAAAAGUAAAAUCCAGAACUGUUCUGAAGAUACUGAAGAUGGGUUACAAUGUACUUCUCAGUGAUGUAGAUGUCUACUGGUUCGAAAACCCACUUCAAUAUGUUCGCUCAUUCGGUCCAACCACCCUUGUUGCUCAGUCAGACAGAAUACAACCAAACAGGACCUAUAAACUUGCCUAGACGUCUGAACUCUGGGUUCUACUUUGCUCGUUCUAAUGCUCCAACUAUUGCUGCUAUCGAAAAGGUAGUGAAUCAUGCAUCCACAUCAACCCUUUCUGAGCAGCCAAGCUUCUAUGAGGUGUUGUGUGGGGAAGGUGGAUCAAACCGAAUCAGUGAUGAUAGAUGUCGUGAGAGAAGCUUGCAUGAAGAAAAGCUGCUUUGUUCUUCACAACAACUGGAUCAAUGGAAGGUUGAAGAAGCUUGAGCGCCAAGUUUUGUCAGGCUUGUGGGAGUAUGAUAGUAGCAAGAGAAUGUGUUUGUCUUGCACACCUCAUGAAAAGUUGUCCCUGUCCAAAAGAAAGCGUGGCUUCGCAAACUCCUUUCCUAUCCAUUAAACUUUGAAAUCCACGCCUGGGGGAACAAGACAAAGACCAGGUUUCUUGUUGUUGGUCGUUGAAUCCCAAGGCUAUAGCUUGAUUUCAUCAAAUCUCAUUCUACUAGUGAUAUUCACCUUCUUAUUGGAUAAUAAUAUGUUCAAUUAGUAGACGUAUUCGAACUGGGGGAUUGCAGGCUGGCAGAAAUGGUGACGGGUUAUUGUUGCUUGCUGGACAGUGGGAAAAAGUCCAGAAGAAGAAAGCAUGAGCUAACAACAGAGGAAUUAACAGGCGGUGGAGUUUCAGUUUCAUUAGAAUUCAGUGCCAACUCCAAGGACGUUUCUGUGAGGAUAGUUCAUCCAGGGGGGAAAGAGGAGAGUUUCCAGUAUGCUCUUUCAGCACAGCAAGUCAUGGAGAAGUACCCAGGGACUCAUGUCGCCAGGCAAGAUGUUUUCCAGAAUCCUGAAGAUUCCAUUCUGUGGCCAGAAGAGAAUCUGUUGCCUGGCAACAAGUACCUGAUCAUUCCGUCAACCACAGCUGAGAAACUGAAGCAUCACAGAAGACAUCAUCGUCAUCAUGGGACGACGACAAAAGAAAGGUUGGAACUUUGUGACACUAAAGACACCAGAUCUGGUGCGAACAUAACUUGGGAUGAACAAGAUAUUUCGGAGGAGGAGAAUGUCUGUCGUGCAAGAGAUUUCUAUGCUUCAAAGGAUAUGUGGUCGAGGUGUUCGGAGAGGAAGACAAGGAACGUGAGGUCUAGAAAAAGACAACCUUUCAUCCCUCCUCUUCCGAGGUCGAGGAGUUUUAAAGGUUUGAGCUGGGAGCCUAGUCUUACUUCUGUACAGGAGCUCUCUCCAUGAAUGAACUUCUGACUGGUUUUCUUGUACAAAUAAUAAUAUAUGUAUAAAAAAAGAAACAGAACGACUGAUGUAUUCCUGGUAUGUUGUCUUCCUCUUUUCCCAGGCUCUUGUCUAUCACUACUUUUCAAUCAUCUCUCUAUUUUUGCUGUUUCUUCAAUGCAGAUUUUGAUUUUCUUUUGUUCUCAAUGUGAAAAGAAUCAGUCUCUGCUGAUGAUGUGC